AUGUAGCAACAAGAAGUUUAACAAAAGUAAAACCAAUUUUUUUGCGAUAUUCACUAAGAUGAACCUAUUAUUGCUGUUUGUCUGAAGGAUGAUUGCGAGCUAGAUAGUUAGCGCUUUUUAUGCUUAAAUUGUCUUUUAAAUGAACAUUCUAUGCAUCCUUAGAGCUGUGUUAAACUACGCGAACUUACUAAAAAUUCAAAUUAAUAGUUUAGUAGUAGUUAUAAUAUAUUAAAUUGGCCUUAAGACAAAGCAAUCCAAAAAAUAAUGUAGCAAGUAAAUGAUGAAAAAAAGAAAGAUGAUUAGCUUUUUGUUGAAAAUCUGUUUGACAAAUUUUAAGAAGAUAUCAUAAGAUAAAUUUAGAUAGCAAAAAAGGAAAUUAUAAAAAUUGUAGAGUCCGAAAAGCAUUAGAGACAGCAAUUCCUUCAGAACUUAGAGUAAAAAAUAAAUCAAAUAAUCGACUUGCGUCCUCUCAAAGAGAUUAUUUUUGACUAACCUAAUCUUAUAGAACAAUCUGUUUAUAACUCCCUCGCUCCUUCUCCGUCAUGCAAAAUAAUGAAUAAAGUUGAAUCUACAGGUUUUAAUUCAAUCACAGAUUCAUAAGCAUAGUUAAAUGAGUCAAAAAAGUUGGAGCAAAUUGCACUUUAAAAUAUUUAACAAGGUUAAUGCUUAAAAGAGUCAAUAAAUAUACUGAAAGACAGUAUUUUUAAUCAAAUAUAAACUACAUAAGAUUCCCUUAAUAAUUAAGUCUUACAAAAUCAAUAAAAAAAUAUGUAUCAGAGUGUUUAGCUGCAAAAAAAUAACUCUUAAUAGGGAAACCUAUUAGAUGACUAAUAACUAGAUGAUUAAGUUAACUCAUAAAAUAAUUUGACCUAAACAAUAUACUUAGGAAAUGCAUCUUCUAGUGAAAAUAAUAGCAAUAGCAAUCUUCAAAGCAAAAUAAGUGACUUAGCUAUUCGCUCUAAAAAGCUAGGAGAGUAUUUAAAAAAUGAUAAGAAGAAAAAAUAAGCUGUGGAAGUUAAAGAAUAUUAUGUCAAAAAUAAAACGAAAUUGGGUAGUAGUUUGCAGCUAAAAAAUUUCAAUGACGAAAAACAGCUUAUAUUAAGCUAAAUUGAAGAUAUUCCUUGGGUAUUAUUGAAAUUCUUUGUUUUAGAAAAGCAAAAAAUAAACUUUAGCAAUACAGAUCUUCAAGAAGAAAGUACUUUAGCAAUAUUUCAAGGAUAAAAUACUUCAAAUUUAGUUUACAGUGAUUUACCAUUUUCUAAUGGCAUUUACUCAAUAAAAAUUUAAGUAUAAAAUAUUCUUACUUAGCAUUUAUUGAUAGGUUUAGUGUAAGAAUAAUACAAAGAUACUCUCAAUUUUAACAACAACUGCUGGAUCUACUAAUGCCUUCUAUGUAGAAACUAAGAACAUUCAAAAAAUAUGAGAAGAAAUCAUCAGAACGUUUCAAGUAAAAUAUCUUCUUUAAUUACAGUGCGCAUAAAUUUUGAAGAAAAUCAAAUAAAUAUAUAUGAUAUUAAUGACAAUUUAAUCUCCUCAAUGUAUUAAGAUAUUGAUUUAAAGACUCAUAUGUAUAGAUUUUUUAUUUCUUCUAUUUCUUAGCAAGCUUAAAAUGUGUAGCUUAAGCUAGUUCAAUCAAUUAAGCUUUUUGAUUGA